GUUCGCUGCCAGAUGUCAACUUCAGCUCUGGAGGUUGGCCUGAGUUCAGUCGGCACUAUGGCUGACUAACUACAGCGAGAACUUCCAGCAGGACCGGCCGCAGCGUGGUCUUGGUCACAGGCGUCACCGAGGACUGAUGCCCGGACUUCACAGCAACCUGGCCCCACGGCGUGUUGUCUGUCCAUGAUGAGACCUCGCGGACAUUGUGACUGAUGGCUUCCCAGCCGCCGGAGCAACAGGCAUCAGCAGCUGACCUCAUGGCGACACGGCUCCAUGGGCGUGCCCCUACUGGGGUGCCGAGUUCAUCUCAACCACAGGGCAUCCUGGCUUCAGCGGAGCACUGGUGGCCUGAGGCUCCUGAGUGCGAUCAGCGGCACGCAUUGCGCGCAUUGUCGGAGAAUCUACACAGCAGCAGCCAGGCGGAGGAUUCACAGGGCUGGGCAGUGACAACGAGGGAGAAAUUGGUUCGAUGUGGAAACUACACAGAAAGUUAUCUCUCAGCUGGAGCAUGUGAUGAGAAAUCUAGGGAGGAAACUGAAAGAUGUGGGUAGAUUCACUCUCACACUCCUGUAUGGCUACACCAUUGUUGGUACAGUCUACUUUCAAGAGACCAUAGAUGCUGCGUAAUGUACUCAAGCAUCUGUCAACAUCAAUCUUGUGACUGAAACUUGUAAAUUGUUAGCCAAGAAAUUAACCUAUACACAAAAUUCUUGUAUUUAUAUAAGUUUCAAGGAACUAGUUGUUUAGAAAAAAAGUCACUACUAUGGACAAUGUUAUUCCACAUAAAUGCACCUUUUUUUUGCAAGUAGGAGGAUUAACUUCCCAACACAUUAUGUAACUUUAAAUCUUGUUUGUCUUUGUUUGAUGUUCCAUGACUAAUGAUUUGUUAUGUCCAACAGAGAAAUGUGAAACUUAAAAACUUCAGCAGUAUAUUUUAUGAACCGUGUUGUACAAAAUAAUUAUCAGAAUGUGAUAAAAUUACAGACUUUUAGGUUAGUAGCCAUACAUUUCGAUGAAUUUUGCAGGUUAGUUUGUAUGAACAAUUAGCAAAUAGCGUGGAAGACAUUUAUAUUUGUAAUCAUAAAUUGUGUAUAGACUAUACAACAAAAGUAUACAUUCCUGAUUUCACAUACUGAUUUUGGUCCUCAUGCUACUCAAUUGUCAUCAUUCCAGGCUAUUAAUGACUCUGAUUACCUGUAUUUAUCCUGAAUAAUGCAUUAUUGUAUCUCAUUGGAACUUCAGUUGUGUGCAAACUCAUGCCUAACUCUGUUUUGGGUAACCCUGGUCAUCACGACUGUAAGUGUGUACUCAAGUAGCAUGUGCAACUAUUGAUUGGUACUAGAUGCUUCCUUUAAUCAUUAUUUCCAUAUGAUUGAACUUAUUGAUGUAUGAUUAUGAACUUUAUUCAUUUUGCUGUGUCAAAACAUUUCUUCUGGUGUGUACCCAGUGUGGCUGGGAUUCAUGGGCCGGUCCCCACAUCGUAAGCAUAGGCCCUAAUAUGUUUUCAUUUUUGACUCUUUUUAUGAGUCAUCAUAUCCUUACAUGCUCUGGUUUAUGUGACUGAUUUUGUGCCAUACUCCUACUCGUAAUCGAGUAUAUUCUUUUGGUCUGUACACUUAGGCUCUGAAUUGUUUUUUCUUCUCUUUUGACGAUUUUCAAGGUGUAAACUUGCAAUUUCUAAUUCUAAUACUUUACAUUUCCUCUGCACUUAUUUCUGUGGUUUAGUGUUGUAAUGUUGUAGCUUUGACUUUAUCAUUUGGCUUGGGAUGGAAUGUUCAACAGAUCUGAAAAUCUGAAUGCCAUGUCCUCAGAUAUGUAUAGAUUCUGACAUCUAUAGUAGAUAUUUUUGUUAUGUUUUCUAUAGUAUGUUACUUCUAUAUCUUUUGCAGUUUUUUUGUAAGAUAACCCAUACUUAUAUUAAAAGGGAAGUGAUGAUCAUACAACCUAAAAUUUUCUUGCAAUUUUGGAGUUUAACUUCGAUAAUCUAUAUUCUGUCUUUUGGCAUCAUUUUGUACACCAUUUGGCAAACCUUAUAGUAGGUCACAAAAUACUGUAAACACAUUGUUUCCAUAUUAUGUGAGGGGGGCGGGGGUG